AUGCGGUGGUUUACUAUAUGUGGCGUACUCUUAGUUACGAUAGCAAGUACAUCCGCUGAAUGGUCUUGGAAUAAUGACGAUACAAACAAAGAUGUAGAUUCGAAGCCCAAAUCAACAGAACUCUUACAGGGUGAAGAGAUCAGCGAGGCGGAAGACAAAAAUGGCGAUGGAACUGUUCUCGAUGGUAUUGUUGAUGAAUUGGUUAGCAACAAACAGGGAAGAAGUCUAAGUGGAUUUGAUGACGUGUAUAGUGACCCUACUAUUAAAGAAGCUUUAGACGCAGGUGAUGACACCGAAGCAAGAAAUUUAAUUAAAGGAAGACUUUGUACGCUAGGCCUUAUACAAUGCGAAGAUGAAGAUACACAAGAAAAACGAACUUACGUUUCGCCAGAUGAACUCAUUUAUGCUCAACCUGUCGAUAUAAAACCGAUUGGAAAACCCGUUGCCUCUAUCGCCAUUCGUGGUCCACCAAGGGCUUAUGGGCCUCCAAAACCUAUGCCAUACCCUCCACGACCACAGCGAUACCCAUCCAAAAGGCCAACAUAUGGUAAUAACCGACCUGGCUUUGCUGAUAAAUAUGGAACAGCCAGCAAUGCAUUCCAAUUUUCUCAGAAUAGUGGCACGUACGGAAACGAUUUUAACUACGUUACUAAACAACCAACCUUUGGAAAUGACGGCCCCUACUCAUACGAAAGCCCUAAACCCCUAUACAAUAAGCCAUCCUCUCAGCAAACUAAUUUGAAGACUGAGUCUGUUGUCCAACAGCACAUACACCAUCACUACGUGCACGAAGACGCAGCAAAAGAUCCAAAAGUUAUUAUAAAACCAGUAGCAAUUCCAGUAGGGUCAGUGGGUCACUUAGCUUCCCAAAUUCAUAAUCAAGAAAAUUCAGGCAUCAUAACAGCCUCCGGAUCAGAUUUUAGUACCUUAAACGCUGGUGGUUUUAAACCAAUGACAGGAGGAUUUAAUCAAGUCAAACCAGUAUAUGAAAGUGAUACUAUUUAUGGCUCUCAAUUUGGACACAAUAACUAUAACAGGGAAAACGGAAAUAUUCAGGCACAGAAUCUGCCCAAUCAAUUCCAGAACAAUGCGUUCGAUGAUCAAAAGUACGGAAACUCGUUAGGAUCCUAUGGCUCUCAAAAUUCAGAGUUUUAUAAAAAGGAGUUGCACGUAGGUUCAGGUAACAAUGGUUACACCCAAGGGCUAGGACAAAACAAUUUAUAUCAAGAGAACUAUCAAACCGGUAAAGCCCAAGGUUUCGAAUGCGUAUGUGUUAACUACGAUCAGUGCCCAAGUCAAGAAGUGAUCGGGCGUAGAGAUGACCUGUACCUUCCAAUUGAUCCACGUAACAAAGGCAGUGAGAUUUUGGCUUUGACCGAAGAUCAAAGUGAUAUUUCUAACAGUACAACUGAAUUGGAAAACUCAAAACAAAACGGCACCGAAGUAAAGAAUAUUCAAAAACGCGAAGCUAAAUCUGAUAAAGCCGAGGAACCAGCUAAGGAAAUUGAACCGCGCCUCCUUGGACUCGCUGGCUAUGGCGGCAAUGGUGGUAAUAACAACAAACAAGUGCAGCCCACGUUUGGUGUCUCGUUUGGGUUGCCCCAGCCUUCCCACAGUUACCCUGUCAACCCUUUCAAUGCAAACCCUAUCCAAAAUCCUUAUGGACCGGCACUAAAUGGCGGUGGAAUAAACUUAGGCUUACUUUCAGUUAAUCCGUUAUUAGCUGUACAAGUAACAAAAAAUGAUUAUGGCGAAAAGAUUGUGAAGCCAUUUGUCAAUUUGCAUGUUACACCGAAUGAACAUGUGGUUAAUAAGCUUGGACAUCUGUUUCAUGAGAAGAAACAUUACCUUUUAAACAAGCACGAACAUUAUCAUCAUUAUAAUAAUCCCUAUAAUAAUUUUAAUCACCAUCCUCAACCUUAUCCUCAUCCCCCAUAUAAUUUUGUUCCUCAGUAUGAUUCUCAUUAUGCUGAGCCUCCUUUAUACCCACCUCAUGUCGGUCAUUAUCCCAAUCACUAUCGCGUUCACCCAUACAAUGCACCGGGAAUUCCUUCCGGUAAUGAGGAUUAUUAUGAUGAUGACAAUGUCAACCACGACGACAGUGACUAUAAUCAUGCCAAUUACGGUUUUGAAAGGUCUGCUAAUAGUACUCAUUUUAUAAAUGACGAUAAUAAUAAUAAUUAUGCUGGCCGUUUCGCAUACUCCCGGUCCAUUAAAAUACCUUCAUCCCACCCUAACGGGGCAAACCGGGGAGAACAAACGAUUCGUUUUCCCGAGAGUCGAAAGAAGAGAGCCAUAAACAGUGAAAAUAUGACUGAAAUUAUAGAAGAGCGACAAGGAUACUUCGGUCACAAUCAAAUUCAACAAUGCGGUUCCAACCAAGUUUGUUGUAGAAGACCGCAUCGUCCCCAAGCUUCAAAUCGUGGUCAAUGUGGCCUUCGACACUCGCAAGGGAUCAAUGGAAGAAUCAAGACACCAGCAUACGUAGACGGAGACAGUGAAUUUGGCGAAUAUCCAUGGCAAGCAGCUAUUCUCAAAAAGGACCCCAAAGAAUCUGUAUAUGUCUGUGGUGGUACCUUGAUCGAUGGACUUCACAUCAUGACUGCCGCCCAUUGUAUAAAAUCGCACAAAGGAUUUGACCUUCGCGUGCGUCUUGGAGAAUGGGAUGUGAACCAUGACGUAGAAUUCUACCCGUAUAUUGAACGAGAUGUUAUAUCUGUCCACGUGCACCCUCAAUAUUACGCUGGAACUUUAGAUAACGACUUGGCUGUCUUAAAACUGGACCAUCCUGUUGAAUGGACUAAAUAUCCACACAUCAGCCCAGCUUGUUUACCUGACAAAUACACUGACUUCUCCGGGCAAAGGUGCUGGACAACUGGAUGGGGUAAAGAUGCCUUUGGUUCAAAUGGAAAGUACCAAAACAUUCUUAAGGAAGUCGAUGUGCCGAUACUACCUCAUGGAGUUUGCCAACAGCAACUGAGACAGACAAGAUUAGGAUAUAACUACGAGUUGAAUCCAGGAUUUGUUUGCGCUGGAGGCGAGGAGGGAAAAGAUGCAUGCAAGGGCGAUGGUGGCGGUCCUUUAGUCUGUGAACGUGGAGGCACUUGGCAACUGGUUGGUGUAGUGUCUUGGGGCAUUGGUUGCGGACAACCCGGUGUACCUGGCGUUUAUGUUAAAGUUGCUCAUUAUUUAGAUUGGAUCUCACAAAUCACAGGGAAAUUUUCUCCCUAUUAA